GCCACGAUGAUCUCAAGAAGAAGUUAGACCCUGAGAAGAAGUACUACGAGGCUUUUGAGAAGUCUCUCGCUGAUGCUUUGUAGUUCUACUUCAAGAUGAGGUCAUUGAAAUUAAAUUUCUCCAGAAUGAAAACUUUAUUGGUCUUAUCUUUCGUCGUAGUCGCGGUGUUUGCUGCUGACAAGUACAACUCUAAGUACGACAAUUUUGAUGUAGAAACUCUGAUCUCAAACGAAAGGCUUCUCAAAUCUUACAUCUUUUGCUUCUUGGACAAAGGCAGGUGCACGCCUGAAGGAUCCGAUUUCAAAAAAGCCUUACCUGAGGCGAUCGAGACGACGUGCGCAAAAUGCAGUGAUAAGCAAAAGUCCAACAUCAGAAAAGUCAUAAGAGCUAUCCAACAGAAACAUCCUAAGUACUGGGACGACUUGGUGACGAAAAAUGACCCAUCUGGCAAGCACCGCGCCAAUUUUGAUAAAUUUAUCCAGGGUAGCAGCUAAAUGUUACAUUAAUUUAAAGUAUGUAGGAUAAGUUAUAUAUCAGAUUAGUUGAUUUGUCUCUCUUAUUCACCUUAAUUUUGAUGCAUUAUGCAAGGUUAGGUACUGCAUCCACAUAAGCUCUUACGAAUUUGAUUACGUUUUAUAAAACGUUUUGUUGAAUUGUUUUAUAACACUUUUAACAUUGUCCUUGCAGCAGUUUUGUAAUUUUUUGCAUUUCUAUUUUUUGUGUUAAAUAUUUACGCGAAGUUAGGCUAAGGAUUUCUUCAUUUUAAAUUAUCAACACUAUACGUUCAUGGUGUAUUACGAAAUUGUUUCUUUUAUUAUUUUCUUAGACACCAUAAAUAGUUGAUGCUUGAGUAUAUUAAAUUAAAUUAAAUUAAUUUUUGAAAUCGUAAUAUAAAAUUACGUUUAUUUAUACUUAAUAAUAAUGCUUUCUAUUUGUGACCCUGUGAUGUACUUAGAACAAUUUUUUAUCUGUUAUUAAUUUCAAAUUUGAUUGGAUGAAAAUCAAAUUAAUAAAAUUGUUACUAUUUAUUUUUGAAAUAUGGACUUAAGAAGAAGUUAAUAUAAUUAUACUAACUUAUCGGUUUUUUAUAGAUAAAAUUGCUUCUUGUAAUAAACAAAAUUUUAUGAAUUUACUUUGAUAUCUCCAUUAUAGUUUCAUUCCUAGGUAGUACUUUGUCAAUGUUCAUUUCUAGGUAGUACUUUGCAAAUGUACU